AAACUUCGCUAUCGAGGCAUCAACCCAAAUUAAAAACCCAUAUUUUGGAUAACUUUUCUCUGUUCAGAUUACUUUCUUAUUUUCCCCUUUCCUAUUUACCCUUGAAAGAAAAAAAAAAUGCCGACUCGCUGCGAAAUCUUCUGCGAGAUCUUGAUCGCCAUCUUGCUCCCUCCCUUGGGCGUUUGUCUCCGCCAUGGUUGUUGCACUGUAGAGUUUUGUAUUUGCUUGCUUUUGACUCUUCUCGGUUACGUUCCUGGAAUAAUCUAUGCACUCUAUGCCAUUGUUUUUGUGGAUCGCGAUCAGUACUUUGACGAGUAUCGGCGUCCACUCUAUUAUGCAUAGUCAGUCCAUCAUCAAUUUGUCCACCAAGUCUUUCUGGUCCUCGCGAAUUGAUUAUCAUACAACUGUUUCCUUAUUCAUGAAUUUAUUACUGGUGUUCUCCAACUGUUUACCUUGAUGCUGAAAAACAAUUAUGUUUAAAUUUGAGAUCUGUUCAGUAUCCUAAUCUUAUUGAUUAUUAUCAUUAUGAUUUCUUUUGGAUUCGGUUUAUUUUGCAGUAAUUUUGGGGAGGUUAAUGAUGCUUAUAUUAUGGGGAUACAUUAAGAUUACUUGUUCUGUUCUGUAAUUCCGGCUUGCAAUUUUCAAACAUAAACCUUUUUUUUGGUGUGUUUAUGAUGUAUCUAGGGACAUUCAUCAUGGUUUCUUCUCAUUAGAAGUUGCUUGCUUUUAUCUCAUGCAAGUUGUUUUAAGCUCUAUGUGAAGACUCCAUAAUUUGCCUUUGUAGAAUUGGAGUAGGUAAUUUGCCUAUUUGAAGUCUCCGAGUUGCUUUAAGUUCCAUGUGAAGUCUUCAUAAUUUGCUUUUAUCUCAUGCAAGUUGCCCUUUUAGAUGAGCUGAACUCUGCUAUCUUAUCAAGUGUUAACCUAUGCUGUAUUCAUCAUUGUGUGUCUGGAUUGGUCUCACUUGUCAGUAUUGAGUUGAGUGUGGCACUCUAGGUCCUGCACCU